GCCACAUUUCAAACUAGAAUGGCUACCGCUGUCUGCGGUCUGCAGUCCACCGGCAGCAGCAGUAAACCCGUUAAAACACACCGGGAGCAGCGGAGAAAAACGAAGGACUCCAGGAGGAGACAAGCGGCUUUGUUGUUCCUCAAUAAUAUCUCCCUCGACGGACGGCCCCAUUGUCAGCACAGCGAUGAAAACACCGACCAAAAAGCCGCCGAGGAGCAGCGACUCAGGGACAGAGACGGCGGCGCAACGGUCGUGCCCCUGCCGGCUGAGGGCCAGCAGCCGGUCACCCAGGUGACAGACCCCGCUCCAGCCGGCAUUGGCUCGUCCUCCAGUUUCCCGGGGGUGUUCAGUCCCAUCCGACCUCCUUUGGUGAUGUCUCCGGCACCAGUCGGGGCAGCUGCUCUGGGAGCUAAUGAGGUAUUUUUGGAGGGUGGCAGUGCGGCUGAGACGCUAACCCCCGACACCCCUCUGUCCCCUGUGCCCACCGGACACCAAGCCUGCUCCCGUGUCAAGUCAACGCCCACCGCAUUGAGCCCGGUCCCGGCCGGUCAUUCCCUUGAUUCACGGCAGAGGUUGAGGAAUGUGUCUGGCUCUCCUGGACCCAAGGUGCCAAAGAAAGUCCACUUCAUCAAGAGUAUGAGGCAGUAUGAUACUAGGGGAUGUAGGAUCGUGCUGAUUUGUGCCAAGCGGUCGCUUUACGCUGCUUUCUCAGUGCUGCCCUAUGGAGAGAGUUCUCACUUCAGUGAUCUUAAGCUGGAGGCUCAGAGACAAAGGCUGUCGUCUGUGGUGGCUGCUGACCUGCUUCCUUCCCUGGAAGGCAUGGACAUUGGAGACUAUGGCAAGACGGUGUCAUACGCCCAGUUCCUUUAUCCGACCAAUGCCUUGGUGAGACAGAAGAGCUGCGGUGCAUCAGAAAGCUCCACAGCUCAGACCCCUCAGUCCCGUUUCCGUGGCAACGGGCAAAGGAACUUCACCCCGGCUCGUCUGAACAACAGCAUGGCACAGGACCCGCCCACAGAGGAGGUGGCAGAGUACGAUCCUAACCUGCUCAGUGACCCUCAGUGGCCCUGUGGCAGACACAAGAGGGUUCUGAUAUUCGCAUCAUAUGUGACAACUGUUGUUGAGUAUGUGAAACCAUCUGACCUGAAGAAGGACAUGAAUGAGACUUUCAGGGAGAAGUUUCCUCACAUUAAGCUGACUCUGAGCAAGAUAAGGAGCCUUAAGAGGGAGAUGCGUGCCAUGGGCGAGGACUGCAGUCUACAGCCCGUCACCAUAGCAAUGGCUUUUGUUUACUUUGAGAAGUUGGUGCUGCAGGGUCGCCUCAACAAGCAGAACAGGAAGCUGGUGGCGGCAGCUUGCGUGCUGCUGGCUGCAAAGAUCAGCAGUGAUCUGCGGAAACCAGAAGUCAGCCAGCUUAUUGACAAGCUGGAGGAGCGUUUCCGUAUCAACAGACGGGAGUUGAUUCCUCUGGAGUUUCCGGUGCUGGUUGCCUUGGAGAUGGGACUUUACCUCCCUGAGAGCAAGGUCAUGCCGCACUACCGCAGGCUGGUGCAGCAAGGUUAGAGUGGAUACAGCAUCGUCUGACAAUCCACUGGGUUCAUUAAAAACAUCAGCAAGUGUGAGUGUGAUAAAAUAAUCAAGACUGACCGUGUGUGUGUGUGUGUGUGUGUGUGUGUGUGUGUGUGUGUGUG